AUGCUUGAUAAUGCCAAGGCCUAUGACCAGGUCCACCCAAAGUAUCUCUCCCAAGUACUGUUAAAGUUUGGCUUCCCUGAAGCGUUUGUCACAUGCAUUACCAACCUGUUCUUUCAUAACUCCAUCUAUGUCAAUGUGAAUGGCUUCUUAACCGGUGCAAUCUCACAGCAACGAGGGAUUCGUCAAGGUGAUAGUAUCUCGCCAGUCUUAUUCAACCUGGCCAUUGAGCCGUUCCUACUCUCCAUAGUCAACAAUAUGAACCUCACAGGAUACAGCCUGCAACACGUCAAGCUCCCGCACCAAAUACGGAACCCAUGGAUAUCUCCUGCUCCAAUCAAGGUCCUCGCGUACGCCGACGAUGUCCUAUCGUUUGUGAAAUCGCAAGCUGAAUUGGUAGAGCUACAAGAACGUCUACGAGUAUACAAUCGAGCUUCCAACGCCAAGAUCAAUUACAGCAAAUCCGUCGCCUUCCCUCUCCACGGCAGUGCCAUGAAGUCCACCGACGGCCAACAGAUCAAGCAAUAUGUCACCACACAACUGCAAAUGAAAUGGUAUGAUAGCCACUCCACGGGCUAUAUCAAGUAUCUUGGAUACCCACUUUGGUUUGCUAAUCACCAACGCGAUGUCUUCGUCUCAGAACUCAUUGGCAAUAUCAAUGCUAUGACCGACAUCAUUGGCUCUAGACACGUCUCAUUAUAUGGAAAAGCUAACAUUGCAAAUACUCUCAUCCUAUCCAAACUGUGGCAUGUUAUUCGUGUGGUGUCUCUCCCCCAGGAGGUCCUAAAGAAGCUCAGAUCAAUGAUAUACCAACUUGUGAUGUCUGGCCUGUUUCCACCACUCAAGGGCAAUUCUUUCUUCCUUCCUCGUGAUCAAGGCAGAUUAGGCUUGAUCGGUAUUGGUGCUUAA